AUGGCGGAAGCCCAAACAACCAACACUAUCGCUAGCGAGGAAAAACCCGCCCCAGCACCCCCAAGCAGCAUAUCAGAGUCAAUCUUACCCGACCGUCUCCUUUCGAACCCCCUUGCAGGCCUCCAGAGGGCCGAACUCGAGGAGCUCGGGCGCAACUUCGUUGUGGAGAAGGGGCUAGGUGCGGAAUACAGAGAAUUAUUCCAGCGCGCAGCGGUGCUCGCACAGAAUCCGCUGUCAUUUCGGGAUGGGGAUUCGGAGUUUCAGACUAAUAGCAAGCUCAUUGCGGAGCGGAAUGCGCUGGCAAGGGAGCUGACGCAUAAGUGGGACCAGCCGAAGGGUUUGUAUGCGCUUGUGUUUAUGUGUUCGUUAGGAGCAGCGGUGCAGGGCUGGGAUGAGCAAGUAUCCCCAUCUCUUUCUGCUGUAUUUUGGCCACUUUUGUUGGGUUUUGGAGGGAGGUCAAUAGGGAAUAGAAGGAUAUUUCCACUAGCUAUCCUUAUGUCUUGGCGUUAAGAUAUACCGGUUCACGCAAUCUAGCAUGCGGAUCUUCGCGCCAAGACAUCUGGACUUUAUGAAUUGUCGUGUGUGCUGUGUAAGAUGAUGGCUAUGCUAACCUGUAAUCGACUUUCUCUCUGUUCUUCAGAACUGCGGUCAAUGGAGGUUCGUUCGCCAUAUCUCCCCAAGGAUUUCAAGAAGAACCUCUCCCCCAUCUAACGUACAUUUGUCAAUAGCGAAUACCUUCUAUCAGAAGGCUUUCGACAUAGCAGACAACAGAUGGCUUUACGGCCUUGUGAACUCGGCACCAUAUCUAUGCUGCGCCGUAGUGGGGUGUUGGUUGGUGCUCCGCUCCGGGAAUAACCCAACUCACUGUACCAACACACACAAAACAUAGGCUCACAGAACCCCUAAACCACUACUUCGGCCGCCGCGGCACAAUCUUCAUCUCAUGUAUGAUUAGCUCAGUAACCUCUCUCGGCCAAGGCCUCACGCAGACAUGGCAGCAGAUGCUGGUGACAAGAUUCCUGCUCGGUUCGCUGGCUUCUCCACCCGCUUUCCGAAGACCAUACUGAUGAGAAUAUAAGGUCUUGGCAUCGGGCCGAAGAGUGCAACAAUCCCAGUGUACGCAUCUGAAUGCACUCCCCCGGCUAUCCGUGGCGGACUGGUGAUGAUGUGGCAGAUGUGGACGGCGUUCGGGGUGGCGAUGGGGCUGGUGAUGGGCGUGGCGUUAUUUGAUGUUGGUGAUGGUACGAAUCAGACGUUGUGCUCGGAGAAGCUGGGGAAUUUGUUAAUUCAUGACUGUGUAUGUAUUCGUCUCCGUACCAGCCCAGUGGGAAAAGUGGGGCUAAUUGGGGGAAAAAAAGAGUAUAAACUGGCGCCUCAUGAUCGCUAGUCCUAUGUUCCUUCCAUUAGUCGUCUGUGCACUCGUAUACUUCAGCCCCGAAUCACCUCGGUAAAUAUAUCACCCCCCCUCUUCGCACUACCUGGGUAAUUAGUCAGCUAAGGGGAAAGAACAGUUGGUACAUCAAAAACGGAAACUAUAAAUCAGCCUUUAAUUCACUGAUCCGCCUCCGCCACUCGGAAGUCCAAGCCGCGCGGGACUUGAUAUACAUCGAUGUCCUCCUGGAAGCCGAGAAACAGAUCUCAAACCGCCGCAACCGCCUUGUAGAACUCUUCACAAUCCCGCGGAACCGUCGCGCGCUGCAGGCAUCGCUCAUAGUAAUGAUCAUGCAGCAGCUAUGCGGAGUUAACGUGUUAGCAUAUGUGUGUAAACUUCCUUUCUCUUGCCCCAAACCUGCACAGGAUGAUAACACUGGCUAUAAAAGUAUUCUUCGGACGUCAUUCUUAAGGGCAUGGAAAGCUACAGCAGCAUCCGCCGCGCGCUCCUGGGCAGCAUGGGCUUCGGUAUCAUCAACUUCCUAUUUGCAUUACCGGCCGUGCGCACGAUAGACACCCUCGGUCGACGCAAUUUACUUUUGUUCACAUUUCCGUUGAUGGCGGUAUGUAUGCUGAUAACAUUCCUCCUCGAAAAAAUACGCGACGGGAAGGAUGGUCCGCCACUAAGUCUCAUCGGAAUGGUUCCGCCCCUCUCCAAUCACCAAUGAUCACUCGCUGACAAAUGACUCACAGUACCUCUUCGCAGCAGUGUAUUCCCCGGGCGAGGGCCCUGUCCCAUUCGUCUACUCGGCGGAAUGCUAUCCGCUGUACAUCCGUGACAUAGGCAUGGCCAUCGCCACCGCAGUAACCUGGUUCUUUAACUGGCUGCUGACCAUCACGUGGCCUCCGAUCCACGAGUCGAUGAAGUCGGCCGCAUUCGGAGUGUAUGCUGUACUGAAUGUUGUCGGGUUCGUGUUUAUUCUCCUGUUCGUUCCUGAGACCAGGAAUCACACGCUGGAGGAAUUAAAUGGGGUUUUCGAAGUGCCGAGCAAGGUUCAAGCGAUGCAUGGGGUUCGGCAGUUGAGGUGGUUCUUUGGAAGGUGGAUUUGGGGGAGGGGGGCGACUGGGAUGCCGGUUUUGGUGGCUGAUUCUAGGAGCGAGGAAGCGGAUAUGCAGGAGCCGCCGUCACCGGGGAAUAGAGCCAUGAGUGACGAUGAGGAUAGGCCCUUCCCCGCUGAUUAUUCUUCGUCGAUUGACAGAAGAGCUUGAAUAUGUAUUUUCUUUUUGGAAUGAGGAUACAAUCUAUUUAUGGACGUUGUGGAAUUCUGGGCCGGGGGGAAAUAAACUGGAGUUUCAGAUUG